UUUCCUCUCAGAGGGGCAGCAGGAAGUGAGGAGAAAGGGCUGGGAUGGGAGGCGGGAGUAGGUGGGAGGGAAUGGGGUUUAUCAAGUCGUCCGCGGGCUGCCCAACGGGCAGCAGCUGGCGCAAGUGGCCUGGCUGGAGAAGCUCACCCCAGGAAGGAGGGAGGCCGCCGACCUACUACUAGGCCGACGGACUCCCACACAGUUCCUGAGCUGGUGCCAGGCAGGUGACACUUCCUGCAGCCCCCAGCAUGUGGGCAGGCCCAGGCCUCACUGUUGUUUUGGCCCUGGUGCUGGCGGUAGCAUGGACCAUGGAGCUCAAGCCCACAGCACCACCCAUCUUCACUGGACGGCCCUUUGUGGUAGCAUGGGAUGUGCCCACACAAGACUGUGGUCCACGUCUCAAGGUGCCACUGGACUUGACAGCCUUCGAUGUGCAGGCCUCACCUAAUGAGGGUUUUGUGAACCAGAAUAUCACCAUCUUCUACCGUGACCGUCUAGGCCUAUAUCCACGCUUUGAUUCAGCUGGGAGAUCUGUGCAUGGUGGUGUGCCACAGAAUGGCAGUCUCUGGGCACACCUGAAGCUGCUGAAGAAACGUGUAGAGCACUACAUUAGGACACAGGAGCCUGCGGGGCUGGCAGUCAUUGACUGGGAGGACUGGCGGCCUGUAUGGGUACGCAACUGGCAAGAUAAGGACAUAUACCGCCAAUCAUCACGCCAGCUGGUAGCCAGUCGCUACCCUGACUGGCCAUUAGACCGAGUAGUCAAACAGGCACAAUAUGAGUUUGAGUUUGCUGCACGACAGUUCAUGCUGGAGACACUACGCCAUGUCAAGGCAGUUCGCCCCCAGCAUCUCUGGGGCUUCUACCUCUUUCCUGACUGCUACAAUCAUGAUUAUGUACAAAACUGGGAGAGCUACACAGGCCGUUGCCCUGAUGUUGAGGUGGCCCGCAAUGACCAGCUGGCCUGGCUAUGGGCAGAGAGUACAGCCCUCUUCCCCUCUGUCUACCUUGAUGAGACGCUUGCUUCUUCUACCCAUGGCCGCAACUUUGUCAGCUUCCGUGUUCAGGAGGCCCUUCGAGUGGCUCACACCCACCAUGCUGGUCAUGCCCUCCCAGUCUAUGUCUUCACACGGCCCACCUAUAGCCGCAGGCUCACCGGUCUUAGUGAGAUGGACCUUAUCUCUACCAUUGGUGAGAGUGCAGCACUUGGCGCAGCUGGUGUCAUCCUCUGGGGUGAUGCAGGGUACACCACAAGCACGGAGACCUGCCAGUACCUCAAGGAUUACCUGACACGGUUUCUGGUCCCCUAUGUGGUGAACAUAUCCUGGGCUACACAAUAUUGCAGCUGGACCCAGUGCCAUGGCCACGGGCGCUGUGUGCGCCGCAACCCCAACACCAAUACCUUCCUGCACCUCAGCGCCAACAGCUUCCGCCUAGUGCCUGGCCAUGCACCUGGUGAGCCUCAGCUGCGACCUGUGGGGAAGCUCAGCUGGGCUGACCUUGAUCACCUGCAGACACACUUUCGCUGCCAGUGCUACUUAGGCUGGGAUGGCGAGCAAUGUCAGUGGGACCAGAGGCGGGCAGCCGGGUGUGCCAGCAGAGGCUGGGCUGGAUCCCACAUCACCAGCCUGCUGGCUAUGGCAACACUGGCCUUCACCUGGACCUUGUAGGUGUCUCUUGCCUGGCUGCUUAGCAAGCUAGCCUCUGCCACAAGGGCUUUCCUAGGCAUGUAGGACCCUGUGGGGGGUGGACAAACUUGAGUCCAGAGAGGGCAGAGCCCCUGGGACAUCCAUACCAGCUCUCAACCCCCUGUUCUAAGGGGGCAGGGGGUGGGCCCUGGGAGGUCCCUUUUCUCCUUGCCAGAGGAGAAGGAGGAUGCACCUGGGCUGGGGAGGGCCUGACCCUACUCCCCUGCCCCUAGAUAGUUUAUUAUUAUUAUUUUGGGGUCUCUUUUGUAAAUUAAAUAUAAAAUAACUGCUUCU